AUGGGUGAUCCGAGCAGCCGUUUCAUUGCAGCACAGUCAAAGAAGUCAUCGCUUCCAUCUCAUGAGUCAACACAACAUGCCGCGAAGGACCAGGGCCUUCGAACAUCUAAUCCGAGCAAGUGGUACUUCGCGACAGGAUACCUCCUGAUAGCAGUCUUCUGCUACUGGGGAAUGUGGAUCAAGCCAGCCCAAUAUGGGCUUUUCAAGCACUUGGACACAGUCUUGACAACCGGCGAGUUCCCAUACGAUUCUGCUGGCGGCGUCCCACUCAAGCGCAACUACAUUGGGGUAAAGGCUGUAGAUGACAUUUUCGUCUUCUUGUCGGCGGUAUACACGUCUGCUCUGGUGAAGGACUGGGAGCCGUCGCUUCGAUUCAUGCUCUUGUAUUUCUUGGGCAUACUGAUCCAGCCUUUCGCAGUAUGGAUGGUGGAAGGGUUCCGGAGGUCUAAUCGGAGAACUCUGCUGUCAUUCGUCACCGUCUGGUUCGGUGCAUUGCAAUUCAUCGGCACCGGGAUCAUCAUACCACUGUACUACGUUGCCUACUGCUUCGUGUCGGAUCGCAAGAACUACUGGGUGCCUCUGCACCGAGAGGUGCCUGUGAAGUACUCCGACACCCUAAUCUGGGCUGUCACGGUUGGCUAUACGGUCCCAACGAUGGUCCUGUUCAUGGACCAUCCUGAUCCGUUCACCUUGCAGAAUAUCGAGUCCUUCUGGCAGAUCUCCCCAUGUCUCGUACCACCUCUCUGCAGUUUGCUUGCCUCGUUUCAUGGCUUCAUAAAACCGACAACUGCGGAAGAUUCGAAGCAGGAACAAAAGCAAAAGUCGCCAAAGCCCUCCCAAAACAUGAACUCUCUUAAGCAUCUCUACCUAGUUACGGGCGUCAUGGGAGUACUGUUCCACUGGUACUGCAUCACGAAGGUUGUCUUCGACCCGGAACUGACGUUGUCCUCUGUGUUCUGGCCAGACUUCACCACGCAAGACAAGACCCUAGGCGAAGGCGUCAAGUUCAUGCUCUUGAUUGACGUCUGGACAUUCGAGGUUGCCACAUACAUCUGGUCAUGUCAGGCAGUCUGGGAGCUGAAGAGGAUCGGUCACACCGACGCCGAUGCUACAAGAGCUGCAGCGCUUAUUGCUCUGGCUACCGUGGUCGUCGGACCUGGGGCUACGUUGUGUGCGGUUUGGAGUUGGAGGGAAGAAAAGCUUGCGACGACCAAGAGCGCUGCUGCACAUCGCGAACUGUAG